GACAGAUGUAAACAAAAUCUCCCUCGACGUUGUCUCACCUGUUGCUGUCGCCCCUUUAUUUCAAGCUAAAAAAGUGUAAAUGUGAGUCCCAAAAUGCAUCCCGAGAGCUGCAGUAGCAGCAAUGUAGAGGCCACAGUGAAUGCAUGCGUUAUAGAUGAGGAGGAGAGUGACAGCCAGACUCCAGACCUCCUGUGUCGAGCACAGAUUCUCAAUGAUUCUCCCCGAUCUAGUUCAAUGAGCUCGGCUCUGGAUGAACUCUUUUCUCAUGAGGCAACGCUAAUCACAGAAUGCGCAGGAGAGUCUUACAACACAGCGGCAAUCUUGCACUACUGUAGAAAAAGAAUCAUCAAGCCCAGGGAUAUUAUUUUCUCUUUUUUUGGUUAUCGUCCCUGGAGUAAAGAUGGGGCUGAUUUGUGCCUGUGCAUGCGAGCGUUUAGUGUCUUGUACUGCGCCUUCCUCCUGCUCUUCCUGGCCUGGGGUCCUGUCCUGCAGUAUAAUAUAUGCCUGAGAAGGGACAGAGGAGUAAGCACCGAGCCCAUGAAGCACCUGAAUGGAAGUGUUUCAGAAUUGAAGGAGGACUUUUACAGCAAUAAAGGAAACAAUGACGGCAAAGAUUCAUGCUCGGGCAGCUUGGUGUUCGGAUAUGUGGUGCCAAGUAUCAUGUUCCUGCUGGCCUACCUUGUCACCUGCCUUGUGCUCAGGUGCGGCGAGCCAGAGCACCUGCAGACGCUGCUAGAGAGGGUGUACCUGAUUUCGGCCUGCUCUCCGUGGGAACAGAUGAAGCAGCGUCGCCUGGGCUGUGCAUGGGUCACCUGGCUUGUCCUGGGGCUUCUGUGCUUGGCCCUCUCCUUGACCUCCCUGGCCCUGCACUUGGCCGCAGCCGCACCACACCUCCCCUUCACCAUCAUUCAGCCGAGUGAUACGGCAGACAAGAUCGUCCUGUGUGGGCUGGCCCUAGGGUCCCUCUGGGUAGGAGACGGGGCAAUGGUGGUAGGGGUCCUGCUCUACUGUGCGCAGUGCCACUUGUUGUGCACGCUCCUUGGCCUCAUCAGGACUACGCUGUUGCAGGGGGCCAUCUCACUACACUCCGCCAAGAAGCAAAUAGACGAGAGCUCACGCUUCCUUCGACACCUGAACCAGGAGCUUGGCCUGAGCGUGGGUCUCUACUUGUGUGUGAUUGGCUUCAGGGCUGUCACAGCAUUUGGCCAGGUCUUCUCUGUAAUCAGGGAGGCUGAGGCUACCAGUCUGAACUCGAGCAAGAGGAUGUUCCCGGCUGGAGAGGAGAUGUCGUCCAUCAAGGAGCCCGAGAUAGAGUGGCUCCACUUGGCCGCCGUCAUAACCAACCUGCUUCCGUGGCUUCUCCUCAUGGCUGUCCCUCUGUUCAUGGCAGCACGGCUUUCCUCUGCCUACCGUGCGCUGAGCAAGAUGGGUUGCCAGCUUCACGCUCGUCCCUUCGGCUAUCAGUCGACACCUCAGACUGACAUUGACUCAUUCCUCCUGUAUGUCUCCUGCCUGAGUCUCAAAGCAAAGAUUUUGUGGAUACCCGUGCGAACGUACUUCCUGGUCUCGCUCUUGGUGCUAUCUGUUAUGGCUGUGGCAAUAUUAAGCUAUAUUUACACAUAGAAAGAUCAGGGUCAAAGAAAUUGGCGUAUGUUUGUAUGUAUUUGUAAAUUUUAUAGCAAAACAUGUUGCCUUGUUUAUACUAAGGUAUGAAAACCUCUUAUGCACAGACUAGAUUUAUGGAAAAGGGAGACAACAGUUUCAAAAUUCUCUUUGAUUCCAUCAGGUGUGGAGAUGAAAGUCGUAAAGGUGAAAGCCAGGAGGAUUUUGAACUUUUCUAUAAAUCUAGUUUUAUGCAUAAUGUGUUUUCUACCACACUCAAGUUGCUCUUGAUUUUUCUUUUUCUUGAGAAUUAAAACUUGAUAAUAAAGUUGAUUGUAGAGCUUAGGCUAAAGGUUGAACAAAUUGAUCAUCUAUCUGUAUAUCUAUCUACCUAUGUAUAU